AUGCUUGACCUGUGCUGCCCUUUUGAAACUCUAUUUGUUUGUACCGGCAGAAUAGCAUCUCCACUGCUGAAAUCAUUCAGAAGACAGAAGGAACGAUCGUACAAAUCUAGAGACUCAUCGGCUGUCAAGCAUUACACCGACUUGAUCAAAGCUGAAAUCAAACGUCCCUCUGCCUCAUACGCCUCCCAGCUUCUACCAUGUAACAACAGUAAGCGAAUUUGGCAAGUUAUCAAAUUGCUGUUUGGGAUCGAAUCCAAAACGUCGGAUGGUACAACGGAUUUGGACAGUGUUAAUGCAGCAAUUAUCCACCCAUCAAGCGAUGCGAUCACGCCAUUUGUUCUGGACGAUGCCGUUCAAGUAGAGGCAGUUUCGAAAGAAGAAACUCUUGAGCUUUGGCGUACCGUGAAAACCACAUGCCGUGUUAGUCCCGAUGGUCUUUCAUCUUCCCUUCUGAGAUAUGGGGCCUAG